AUGACUAGACUGAGCCUGUUCGCAUGCAUUACGUUUCUCGUGAAUGUCGUGCUUCUAUCUGAAUGCCAUGUCGAUGACAUUCGAAGUGCACCGCAUUUUAAGUACACAAGAGAAGCCAACGAAGAAGCUGCCCAACAGAUAAAAAUGCAUGGGCAUCAUCAUUCUGGCGGUGGAGACGACUAUAUUCACCAUCAUCACGGUCAUUCUCACGACGAGGCGCAUGUGCACUCGCACAGCCAUUAUGAGGAGCCGGAAAUACAUCAUGGACAUUCUCAUGAAGGUACUUCUAAUCACGGUCAUAGUCAUCACAGUCAUGACCACGCUCACAGUCAUGUUGAGAGUGGUUAUCAUUCGUCGGAACAUAGUCGUGAAAAAGAGCAUUACAGUCAUGGCAGUAGCGGCUCUCAAAAAAACACAAAAAAAACUGAAAAAUUGUCGGCAGUAACGCCUUAUGAUCCAAAUGGGCCUCUUGCAUUUCUCAACGACAUUCGCACUCGGCUAUGGGUUUACAGUAUUGGAUCAACACUGUUAAUUAGUAUUGCACCGUUUCUCAUUCUGUCAGUUAUUCCAGUACAGGCUAACUCUGCGGAAAGCGCACCUUUACUUAAAGUACUUUUGGCUUUCGGCUCAGGUGGUUUGCUAGGUGAUGCAUUCUUACAUCUUAUCCCACAUGCCCAGCCGACUACCGAUGGGCAUGCACAUUCACAUGCACAAACCCAUUCACAUGCAGAUGGUCACGCUCACGCACCUCAUGACAUGCAAAUAAUUUUUGGUAUCCUCGCAUUCCUAACGGUUGAAAAAAUCGUUCGCAUAUUUCGCGGUGAAGAAGGUCAUUCACAUUCGCACUCACAUGCUCAGUCUGAUCCUCGUUCGGGGCAGCGAGCUUCUGAUCGGAAAAAGAAGAGUGAAGAGAAAGUAGACUUGAAAAAAAAAUCUAGAAAGGAGAAGUUAUCAGACGUUUCUUCUGCUGAAGAGGAUCCCGAUGAGGCAGUAGUCAAAGAGAAGGACAAAAAAAAGGGAGAUAAAGAGGAGGAAGAACUGGUUCAGAAUCCGCACACCAGUAUCAAAGUGGCAGCUUACCUGAACAUGGCAGCAGAUUUUGCUCAUAAUUUUACUGACGGGUUGGCUAUUGGAGCUUCGUAUCUUGCUGGAACUACUAUUGGAGUGGUUACAAUGGUAACUGUUCUUAUUCAUGAAGUACCUCACGAGAUCGGAGACUUUGCUAUUCUUGUGCAGUCAGGUUUUUCAAAGAAGAAGGCAAUGAGUGUUCAAUUAAUAACGGCAUUUGGAGCUAUUACGGGUUGUGCAAUAUCAUUGUGGGCAGCUGAGGCUUAUGGUGAUCUCUCUGAUACAGCUUCAACAGCUCCGGUAUUAUCGUUCACUGCUGGUGGAUUUAUAUAUAUUGCACUUGUGUCUGUAAUUCCGGAGCUUUUGGAGAAUACUUCCUUAUGGCAAAGCAUAAAAGAGUCAUUUGCGAUGAUGUUUGGUAUCUAUCUAAUGUACCUUAUUGGGAUGUAUGAAUGA